CUCAUACACCCCUCAGAGAUAAAAACAACAUGUUCUCUACAGGUUUUUCAAACUGUCUUUAGGCAGUUUAGAUGUUUAGAAUGAGCUGAUCUGUUGAAUAUAUCGUCAUUUUUACCAGCUAAAAUGGAUAUUUGUUCUCUUAAACUGCACCGUGCUACCUGGACAGUGAUCAACCUCCUCUGUGUGUUUUCUCAUGAAGUGACGGUAAGGUACUUUGAUCUGAAGCUGUGUGAAGAGGAUAAGCAAGUGUGUGUCACUGACCUCAGAGACUGUGGCCCUCGACCUCCUUCAUCUGUACUGAAGACCCUGAACAUGUCCUGUUACUACCAGAUAUCAUACAGAUCCAUGACUUGUGAGUGGAGUGAGGAGGCAAAAGGCCACACCGAGUCUGAUGUCUCGCUCAUCUUCAGGAGAAGGGAUAAAAUCUUCUCCUGUCCGGCAGUCUUCAACCCAUUAGCUGUCCUAAGUGUCACAGCAAGGAUAAAAAACUACAUGACGGGGACUGAGAUCUGGUCCCAACCUCAUACUGUGGUUUUUUAUGAUGCAGUCAAACCCUCUCCGCCUGUAUUAACAGUACUUGGCUUCACUGCAGACUCUGUUGAUGUGUUUUGGAUGAGCAGCAGUGACGGCAGUUGUCAACUUCGCUACAGAGUCAACCACACUAACAUAUGGUCCCAGGCUUCAGACUCUAUCCCUGCACAUCGAGGUCAGGUACUGAACCACACAAUCAAAGACCUCCUGCCGUUCACCGACUACAUAGCUGCUGUGGCCUGCAGAGAGUCUAACAUCUGGAGUGACUGGAGCUCUGACGUCAGUGUGAGGACACUGGAGAGGGUACCCUCCAAGUCUCCAGAGGUGUGUUACAGAGUGGAGAGAACAGACCCUGGUGGAUCUUUACUCCUUCAUCUCAUGUGGAAGGACCUUGACCUCCAUGAUGCUGGAGGUCAUAUCCUUGGAUACCAGGUGAGCUACGAACCAGCGAAGAAGCAGCAGCUGCAGGACAGAUUGAUUCAAAACGUCACAGAGUUAACGGCGCUGCUGUUGGUGGAGGAAGGGAACUUCUCUAUCACAGUUACAGCCUUCAACAUGGCCGGCUACGGAGCUGCCGCACAUCUCAGCAUUGACACACAAAGGCAGAACACUCUCCCUUCAGUCAGAAACAUGUGGGUUUCCAGCUCUUUCCCAGCUAUGAAAGGCCUUCUGGUCCAGUGGGAGAACCCCACAGCCCCGCACUCUGUCCCGCCUCUCAGUCAUUUUGCUGUUCAGUGGCACUCUGAGACUCGUCCAUCCACUAGCUACUGGACCAACGUGAGCAGCUUCACCACCUCCACUGUCAUACAAGAUGUCGACCCUGGUGAUACCCACCUGAUCAGUGUGUUCCCUGUCUACAACCAGCAGUGUGGAUCUCCUCAGUCACUGCCUGCCAGUCUGCAGCAGGGAGCUCUGAUGGAGGCAGUUAAACUGAAGGUGGUGGACGUGACCAAGACUGCAGUGACGGUUGGGUGGACGUGGCAAAGAAAGUCCAGAUCAAUCAGAGUGAACAGAUACAGAGUAAUGCUGAGGAAAGGCUCGGAGAGAGAGGAAACUCUUCCUUUGUGGCCAGACCAAUGUCACCACACCCUCACCAACCUGAAACCCAACACUGAGUAUUCUCUUAUCCUACUGGCUGAUAAUGUUACCAGAAACAUCAUCCCUGUGAAAACUGACUUUGAUGAGGUACCAGCAGUUGCUACAGCGACUCCUCUGCUGCUGCUGGCUGUUGCUGUGUUCAUCAUCUCCAUCCUGUCCAGGACUGUGUACAAGUCUUACUUCUUUCCACCCAUCUCCAGCCCUUGGGGCAGUACAGCAGGCCAGUGGCUGAUGGAUCCACAUCCCAAGAAAACUGCAGAGAGAAACAUCCUGGACAUAGAGGACUUCCAGUUGACAGAUGUACUCGGAGAGAAAAGUCUCAUCAUGGUCAGUCCGAACUCCCAGUCCUCCUCAGAAGAGGACCUACAUGAAGACACGUCUCUGCUUGUGAUCAGUCACCUCAGUGCCAAACUGUCAGCCCUCGAAUUGGACACAGAGUAUGUUUGUGAUGCUCCAGUAAUCACAGAGAACCAACUGGUUUCUCUUCAGUCCUAUCAUCCUGACUACACAGUGAACUGUCAGCAUCUGGACAGAGUUUUCUUCUCUGAGCAGAACAGAGAGGCAGACUGGUCGACGCUGCAUCAGACACAUGAAGCCAACAGAUGUUUUCCUCAGAAACAGGAAGAGGGCAGACUGGUCGACUCUUCUGUGACAUUGCAUCAGAAAGAAACUGCUGUAAAAGCAUUUUUUUGUGACUUCAUGGCUAACACGAACAGUCGCUGUGUUUAUCAGAUGACCUGUGAGGAGGACUAUGUGGUUAACUCUUCCUUCCUGGGGAAAACUGAUUUUGAAACCGAGAGUGGACACACCAACUGCUCUCACCUGAUCUGUGAGAAUGAUUAUAUAGCAAACAGUUGCUUUAAUGAAAAAACUGCAGACGAAGACGAAGACGGAACCAACAACUUCAGUACUGCAUGAUAGAUCAGUGGCACAGAUGGAGAAAAAAAGAGCAAAAGGCUGCAGACAAGCUGCUGACUCCUUGUGGUUGUAAUGUCCAUUACACAGAAGAUAACUAAAUUGCUGGACAUAAUAACCUGCUAAUAUAACAUUGAAUGCUAGCACAGCAUGGUUACAUGGCCUAUUCUGUCAGGGACUUUUGUUACUGCCUUCUUUCUCUUUCCCCACAUUAAUUGUAUACAGUAUUUCAGCUGAUAACUAUCAAAAAUAAGAAAUGCAAACACAAAUUCUUAAAGGAACAGUGUCUAGGAUUUACUGGCAUCUAGAAGUGUAAUUGCAGAUUGCAACUCCCUCGCUCCACCCUUCUGUUUUAAACACAAAGAAGAAAGUGCCAGUGCCAUAGAGCCAGUGUUUGGUUUGUCCCUUCUGGGAUACAGUAGAAACAAAGCGGUUAAACAAGGUGGCCUCAAUGGAAGGCGACCCAUGGCAUCUGUAGAUAAAAACGUCUCAUUCUAAGGUAAUGAAAACACAAUAAAUAUUAUUUUCAGGUGAGUAUACAUUAAUGAAAACGUAUGCAUUUUAUAUUAUAUAUUUCUAUUAAUAGAUCCACAUAAUGUUACACACUGGACCUUUAAAAAAAAAGAACAAUAUAAUGCACACAGCAUGUCAAUGAUGGACGGAUGCAUGGAUGGACAUUUACAACAGAAACAUGUUAGACAAAAUGUUGCCACAGACAAAGACAAUUAGUUAAAUUUAACAAUUUAAUAUUUCCAGUUCAUUUCACUUCAUACAACGUUUAUACAUCAAUUAUCAGUAUCAGUGAUCCGCCAUUUUGCUGUUUUCAUCUUAGCAGUAGUCAAAUUGUAAAGAAGAAUUUUUCAGGGGGACAUAAAAUUUUCUUUUGCUUAAAUACUGUAUUAAACUACAUGUAUUAAGAUGAUUAAUGGUUAUUGAUUUUGAGAGUGGAGUUUUAGAUAACGGUAAUAAUGAAUGGCAGAGCUUAAAUUUUAUGUCGAGAUUUGUCUAAAAUUUAUAUAGUAUACAUUAUCCCAGUAUAGAUGUUGUUGGCUGUCAAAAAGAAAAAUCUACAACAAACUUCCAUUUGCAUGAACAUAAUGCCAACAGACAUUAAACUGUACAUAUCCAGGCAUUUAUUAAAAAUAUUUGUUUUGACAUGUCUUCAUAUUGUGCAUCAGCAUUAAAAUGUUGGUUUUGUUAUGCUCUAA